AUGGCCCACGAGCGCCCCUCGCUCUCGCACCUCGCCGACAAGUUCAACACAGAGGCGCCACCGGGCUACCUCUCGGGCGAUGCGGGCGACACGCGCGACCUCGACCUCGGCGGGACGGAGCGGUUUGAGGUGGAGCGCACGUCGAUGAGCCAGGCGGAGGCGGGGUACGCGAUCGAGCCGUUCAACAUGAAGCAGGAGCGCGCGGAGGGGCACUUUGACGACGACUUCAACUACGUGUGGAAGCGGCGCGGCGACGAGGCGGACGAGACCAACGACGCGCGAAAGCUGAUCGCAGCGCAGAUCGAGCAGAUCGGGACCCAGGACGAGGCGGACAGCUGA